AUGCGUUUCCACUUUCUUCUGCUGUUUGCCUAUACCGCAAUCCACUCCCUUGCUGCCCCUACUACCUCACUUGAUGCCUCUGAAUCUGCAAGCCCCACUGUAGAACUCGACAAUGCCACUGUUGUCGGGGUGGCGGACGGAUUCACCAACUCAUUCCUUGGAAUUCCUUAUGCCCAACCUCCGGUUGGAGACCUUCGUUUCAACCUACCGAAGCCCGUUAUCCCGUACUCCGGGACUGUCAAUGCGACUGUCUUCGGGAACUUGUGCUACAACUUCCUCAAUCCGUUCUCUCAGACAGCCAGCUGGCUCACUCCCGAGAUGGUGGCCUACCUGGGUAUAUUUUCCCAACUGGUUGCACGGCCGUACGCCGAAGAUUGUCUCAACCUGAACGUCAUCGCCCCCGCAGAUGUCAAACCCGAUCAGAAGCUGCCUGUUGUCGCGUACUUCUUCUUCGGCGCCUUCAUCUUCGGCGGGAGCUCCGACAUAGACGGUCGGGUUCUGGUCAAGCAAUCGGUUGAGAUCGGAGAGCCUGUCAUCUUCGUUUCGAUGAAUCAUAGGCUCGGCCCGUUCGGCUUCCUUCCCGGACAAGAAGUGAAGGAUGCCGGUGUUGGGAACCUUGGUCUUCAGGACCAACGCGAGUCAUUACGCUGGAUCCAGAAGUACAUCUCCCAAUUCGGCGGCGAUCCGGAGCGCGUGACCCUAGUCGGCCUGAGCUCCGGGGGUGUCUCCGCCGCGUUACACACGGUCAUCAAUGGAGGGAACUCUGAGGGCCUCUUCCACGGCGUUUGGGCGGAGUCUGGCGCUAUUCAGCCGGCGGGAUGGAUUAACGACACCGUCCCACAAGCCACGUAUGACAACUUCGUCAAGGCCAUCGGCUGCUCAGGCUCUGCAGAUACCCUCGCAUGUGCCAGAACGGCGCCAGUGGACGUCGUCACUCGGGCGGGCUCGCAGGGAAGCUGGACUCCGCACGCCGAUGGAUCGUUCAUCACGGACGCUCCGCAGAAGCUACUCGCCAACGGACAGUUUACGAAAGUGCCCGUGGUCGCAGGAAAUGCGGAAGACGAAGGAACGCUGCUGUCGGUCGGCAUUCCGCCUAUCGCGAACGAUACCGAGUUUGAGCAGAUCAUCAAGGCGUCGUACUACCCGGACAUCAGCGACGCCGACAUGAAGUCCCUGCUUGAGCUAUAUCCUGAUGUCCCGGCGCUCGGCGCACCGUAUGGAACUGGGGACAAGUACCAGUUCCAGGCGAUGUGGAAGCGAGUCGCUUCGCUGAUCGGUGACGUCGGUGUGGACGCCGUCCGUCGCGCGUUCGUCCAGAACUUUGCGAAAAGGGGCGUGGACGCCUGGGCAUAUGUGUAUCGCCGCAAUUAUGUGCCCGGAUUCGGCUCGACUCACGGUUCGGAGCUUUCGAACAUCUACGGCGGCGGUGACAUGGGAGCUCAGCUCAUCCACUUUGCCAACACACUCAACCCCUCAUCAUCCUGGCCCAAGUACGACCUCCUUGGACGCGCUUCCCUCGAGUUCUAUGGGAACAUAACCAACCUUACUGGGGUCAUCGUGGACAAUUACAGGGAGGCGGGUAUUCAGCUCGCUAUGAAGCUGAAUGCGGAGAUGUCGUGGCCGGCUUGA